AUGAGGCCCAUCACCUGGCCACGGAUAGCCAGGAAAUGUACCGCCGAGGGCCACCAUGGCGACCGACAAUUAUCGCUGCCGGAAAAAUCGCUGCUUUUCGAACAGAUAGAGGCUUUUCAAAAGUCAAUUUGCGGCCAGAUAUUGCCUCUUAUUAACCGAGCAUGUUUUGAGUACACUAUCCGAGCGGCCUACGACAAUGAAUUGUCAGACAUCUCGCCUGGGGUUUCCAGCGCCAGGGUAUGUAUAUUUGCCUUUAUGGCGCUGAGUUCAUUCUUCACUGGUCAUCCGCAUUAUGACAAGAUCGUGACUGCCGAUGAAUAUGCUCGCGAAGCCCAAGAUCUGUUACCAGAGAUGCUCAACGAGUCCGUAACAUUGGACGGGUUGCAGGCACUGGCCAUGCUGUGCCUCUGCUGUCAGGCCAUAUCUGGAGAUAUGCUCAGUAUAGAGCUUAUGUUGUCCUCGGCCACACGCUUCGCCUUUCACCUCAAAGGCAACGUCUACCCCGAGGCUGUGGAGGGUGACCAUCUAGGUGCAAAACUGCAUGUUAGGAAUCUUUUCUGGAUCUGUUUCAUCCUCGACAAGAUCUUCAGCUUACGCACAGGCCUUCAACCCUUUGUCGACGUGACGAAUUGCGAUCUGACGCUUCCUGGAAUGCAGACAGCGAAUGGCCAGCUGGACAGGUUGCAGCCUUUCUGUCUUCAACAACACAACCACACUAUGUUUCUCACCCUCAUCCGCCUCUGUCAAAUCCAGUCGAAAAUCUAUCAGGGCCUGUACUCCUUCUCUGCCCAACGUCAAAGCGAUGCGGAUCUCCUAGCUACCAUCCGCAGUCUGGACAUCGCCUUGGAAGAAUGGCGGUCUUCCGUGCCCACGUUCUCGGGCCGACCUAUACACAGCGAAAAUCGCAUGGCCGACUUCCUUUUUGACAUGCAGUACCACUACUGUAUGGCUGCCAUCCAUCAGACAAGCAGCCGGUGUACUGCCUGGGUUCGGAACCAGGACACUUGCGCGGCGGGCUCGAGUCUUGCCCUCAGCGUAGGAGCCAGCCGGUCUGUGUUACGGAAGUUCCUGGAAACGGAUCCACAGCGCGAGGGACAGUUUCUCUUGUUUUGCUUGCCAGAGCUCUCCACAUCCACCAUCCACCUUUUCUCCAAUAUCCUCAUGAGUCCUCUUGAGGAUCGAAGCGAGACCGACUUAUGUUUGAUGAGAGUAGUGCUUGAACAUCUUGGGAAGCAUAUAUGGAGGCAGACACCAACCACAUUUAUCGCCCAGGUCCGUCUUGUGGAAGGGUUUAUGGGCGACCUAUAUCGCCUGGCUGAGAUGGCAAUCCUGAAGGCCCGACGGGAAAGGUCCAUGCAGGACUCCACUACGGGUGAAAAUCACUUUCUAUUCGCACCAAGCAUAUCAACAAUUCCAAGCGAGAUGAGCUUCAGCAAUUAUUGCGACGACAGCAGCAUCGCCGAGUCUUCCGUCGGGUUUCUAGCGGAUGUUGUUCGCCGGCUAUCCCUCGGUGAUGCGAAAGAUUCUUUUCUCAAUCUCAUCAAACCCAUCGUCAUGGCAAGCUUCAAGAAAAUGACUCUGGCUUUGGCGAGCCUGGCCCCAACCGCCCUGGCCUCCUCUGCUCCUGAAAAAAUGACUGUUGGUGUCAUCGGCGACUUUGGAUGGACAGGCUUCCAGCCCGCUCCCCUGUCGUUCUGUAACGAUGUCAUGCCCCGACUGAUCGCCGAAAACAUCACCAUCCCCCGGGAGGUCCAGAACGACUGCGACCCGGGCGAUCGCGCUGCCGUUUCCAACGCGACCGCUCUUCAGGGCAAGUUUCAGUACUCCAGACUGUCCAUGUUUGCUUUGCUAACACUUGGGACAGCUGACACCGCCGCAUACAUCGGCAAGGUCUGCGAGAAGAAGAACUGCAGCGCCUUUGUCUCCGUCGGCGACAACUUCUACGACAGCGGCGUGGAUUUCACCACCGCCGGCAUCAACCGGUUCCAGGAGGCCUGGGUGGACAUGUAUCGCGGCGGCGUCUUCGACCACGCCACCUGGUACCAAUGCCUGGGGAACCAUGAUGUCGUCAAGGGCCAGAGCGGCGUGGACUUCGAGACCAAGGUCGCGCCUCUCUACGACUCGCGCUGGUACUUCGGCACCACGGGCGAGCCGUACUACACCUACGACCUGAAAGGCGCGGACUGGACCGCGACGUUCGUGGUCGUGGACUCGGACUGCUUCAUCGAGAAGUACCAGGAGAGCACGUCCGUCUAUCAGAACGAGUACACGACCAAGUGCCACCAGGCCCGGGACACGCAGGUCGCCUUCCUGGAAAAGGCCUUUGCGGAGUCCGAGGCCGAGUGGAAGUUCCUCCAGCUUCACCACGGGUACAUGUCCGCGGCCGGGAACAACACCGACGUGGCGCCUCUGAUUUCCGUGGUCGAGAAGCACGGCGGCGUCGUUCUCAACGGCCACGAUCACUGUCUCGCUCACUUCUACAACAACAACACUAACUUCAUCCUGGCCGGUGGAGCCGGGUACCCCGAGGUCGGAGACUGUAACUACGGGGUGCCUCUGGGCCCAUACACCAAGUGGCUGGGCGCGAACUCCCAGUCUGCCGCCAAUGGCUUCGUCACGAUGGACAUCAGCCGCGAGGAGGUGAACGUGGAGUUCUAUGCCCGGGACAUGCAGUUCGAAGGCGGGGAUCUCUACCCAGUCAAGAAUGACAUGAACCCUUCCUAUUCAUUCAAGAUCAAGACCCAUGCUCGGAGAUUUUGA